AUGAACACAAUUCACGUACCACUCCCUCCGGAACUUUGGCUGGAUAUAUCUAGCUAUCUAGAGCGACUCGAUCAUCUUUCAUUGGUACAGGUCAACCGAAGAUUUAACCAAAUCUUCAUCCCGGCUCUCUACUCGGAUAUUAUCAUUAAGGGUCCCGACUACUAUAUCAUGGACGGGCACCCCGUCUUCUUAGACUCUCCAGACGCAGCGUCCAGAUUUUUCCUCGCAGGCAGGACACGCGGACUUUUAGAACGGCUCCAGAAUGAUGCAGAACUGCGUCAAUGCGUUCGCCAAUGCAAAAUAAGCACAUUUCGUGCGCCGUUCCGGGACAUGACACCCUCGGAGGCUGGACAAGCACCCUACGUCGUCUUUGAGACGCUCGUCGAGGAUAUAUUCCAGCUGGUUGCCACACUUCCAUCGCUCGAGAGGGUGAAGAUUCAUCUCAGCGAGAUCCCCGCUCAAUGCUUCUUUAUGUUGUGCCAACUGCCCGAUAUCGACAUUACAACCUCGGCAGUGACGAUGUACGGAAAAGUGGACCUCUCCGAGUUCACCUCAUUCAAAGUUGGGCGACUGGUGUUCGAGACGUCCAACGUCCGACCCGCCAUUCCGUCCAUUGUCGAGAUGACACUCAGCGGCUCGCUGCGCGAGCUCUCGCUCAACACGGAAUCGCGAGGGGUGCUCAAAAAGCUUUUCACAGAGCACAUGCAGCGCAGUACUCCCUCGCUCCCGCUGCUCGAGGUGUUGGAGAUUGGAUGGAUUGAUGCCCAGUACUUUGACUUCUUUCGCACCACACCAAACCUACUCGAGCUUCGACUAAAGGGUAUCACACGGCUACAACUUGGAACUUCAACACUCAGCAGCGAUUUACUACCUCGGUUGCGUCGAUUCUCCGGUCACCACUCGUUAUUACCUUGCUUCGUGAGGGGUCGACCGGUGAUGAGCAUCACGACACGCGACACGACUGGGACGCCGCACCCCGACUUUUGGGCUUAUGAUGACAACAUUACACUGUCACCGCUCGGCAUGAACUUUGGCUCCUCGACCCCUGUACUCAAACUCGUAUGGGUCGAUUGUACGCGAAACAGAGAGCUAUUACAAUACCUUGUGGACAGAAACCCCGGGAUACUUCAUUUGGAUGUAACACCUACCGUUCCCUAUACAAAGGUUCUUCUGUCCGAGCGACUGGACAUAGUCGAGCAGCUCAAGCAGCUUCGUGAGCUCUACAUACGGUCCCUCCAACAUGUGCCCAGCACCGACUCUUUACUAUGGGAAAAGGAAACUUGUGAAAGAUUACGACGAAAGGGAAGUGCCAUGCUGACAUCGGUCAGCUUUAGCACUCUUAUUGACUGGACGCGCAAAGUUGAUAGCGAGCUUUGGACGCCCUCUGGAGAAGGACUCCCUGUCUAUCGAAUGUACAUGGCCAAACUCCAGCCAAUUGCAUCUCAUUAA